CGGGCCCCGACGCGCCCGCUCCCCGCUGCGGGCCCGCUCCCCGCCUGCCGCGCUGAGGUUGUGCUGCGCCCGGUACCCGCUCCCGCUGUGACGCCUGCCCAGGCGGCCGCCGGCGUGAAGGGAGCCCGGGGCCCGGCGCCGCGGUGAGGGGCAGCAGGAACGACUUUGCUGCUGCGGAGGGAGUCUUUCUGAAGUGUUGCUUAAUGAGUGAUGUGGUGCGAAGCAGUUGGGUUCCUGAAUAACAAAACUUCUCAUAAAUACAGCAGAGACCACAGUAUCGUUUGUACGUUUGUGUAAUUUUUUUAUGUUGUCUGACAGGGUUUAAGUUUUAGCGUUUUAAUGGAAUGUCUGCGUGCACUGACACUGUUAUUUCUGCACUGUCAUUAUUCACUUGUUCAAUUACAAGAACCAGAGUAAAGUACUUUUGAUAAUAAUCUCUCACUUAGAUGUAGCAUUCUGUCUUUUCAGCACUUCUUGGAGAAAAAUGUUAUAUAUUCUGCAUAGAUUGCAAGUAGUGGCUAAAUAUUUCACUCUGACUCAUUGUUAGUAGAGGAAAAAAAGUUGUUAAGACUUUAUUUGUGGUGUGGUAUGUAGUACUGGAUAUAAAGUAUAUAGUGUUGGCACUGAAGGAUUUUGGAGCAUUGUGAGCAAAAAACGUUUUCCAGUACAGUUAGGGAAAAGAAAGGAACAGCUAAUAACCCUGUAACCAACAGGUUGAAAAUGAGGAGUUGAUUAUUAUAUAUGAGUUUUGAAUUUUUUUUCAAUGAAGUUAGUAGAUUUCAUCCUUUUUUCAGACAUAACUUCUAGAAAGGAUAUUUGAACACCUAGGAUAGGGAGCAGGACAUAAUGUUCCUGAGUUAGAAGAAAGAAUAGUUGAAGUGUGGUGGUGUGGGAAUUAUUUUGUUGUUGUCCUUGGUUUUGGUUAAGGUUUUUAUGGAGAAAUUAAACUAACCUAUGAAAGUAAAUUUAAAAAAUGUAUGUGGCUUGCUGAUAGAUCAGCUGUCUUUGGGAGAGAGUAGGAAAGUGUUCCUCUAAGGUUUCUUAAUUAAAAAAUAAAGCACUGUCACAUGCUCUGGCAGAUGGGAAGGCCAGCUGUAUCCUGGGGUGCCUCAGGCCCACCAUUCCCAGCUGGGCAAGGGAGGGGAUUGUCUCCUCCUGCUCUGUUUUGGGGUGUGGUCUCACUUUGAGUCUUGUAGCCAGUUUUGGGCACCACAAUAUCAGAAGGAUCUCUUAGAGAGCAUCUGAAGGAGGAACACAAAGUUUCUGAAGGGGAAGCCAUAUGAGAAAUAUGGCUUCCAUACAUCACUUAGCUUCUUCAGCUGGAGAAGAGGAGGCUGAGGGAAGGCUCAUUCCUGUCUGCAUCUUCCUCCUGAGGGGCAGUAUUGAUCUCUGUUCUGUUUCACCAGUGACAGGAUUCAAGGGAAUGGCAUGGAGCUGUGUCAGAGGAGGAUUAUGUUGGAUAUCAGGAAAAGGUUCUUUCCACAGAAGUUGGUUGAGCACUGGAACAGGCUUCCCAAGGAAUGGUCAUGGACCCAAGCCAUGAACUUGACAGAGCUCAGGCACAUGGUGGGAUUCUCAGGGCUGUGCUGUGCAGGGACAGGAGCUGGACUUUAUCCUUGUGGGUCCCUUCCAACUCAGAAUAUUCUGGGAUUCUAUGAUUUCCUUAGUGCUGCUGUAAAGAGCUGAGAGGCUUCCAGAAAGAGUUAGCAUGUUGGCCUUUAAACUGCCUUCAGGUACUAAUGUUGAAUAGGACAGGGCAGCCUGUCUCUUGCUGUUAGGUAUGUUUCCUUCCACUUGUAAUGGAAGAAAGAUUAACCUUUGGCACACUCUGUGGCCAAACUAGUUUUGAAUGGAAUAAGAUAGUAACAUUGACUCUCUGAAUUUAGUAUGUUUCACAGUGUCACUCACAACUUUGUAUUUAAAACUUUGAAAAUCGUUUCAGCGAAUGAAUGAGCAGUAGUGGUCAUAUUUACUGUUCAGAAUAGGAUUUAUUUUCCACAGUAUUUAAAUCUUGUUUUAGAGAUGAAUACAUGAAAAUAGACAAGCAGAGCCUUGCUCACCUUUUUGUCAUUGUUUACCUAAUUUAAUGCUUUUACUGCAUUACUGUUAAUAAUUUACAUAUAUUUUCCUGUUUCAGCAUCUUCCUAUUUUAGUUAUAUACCAAUUUUUCUUUUGCAAACUGUUCUAGCAUUCUUUUAACUUUCCUGUAAGAAGGAGAUUGUCAAACUUUCUGAAUAAGGUUUUGGCAGUAUUUAUGCUUGGUUUUUAAUGCCUUUCUAAAGCUGGCAUAGAAUCUGUCAAAGAAGAAAGCACACAAGCACUGAGUGUUUUAGAAAAAUCAAAAUCUUCCUAGUAGCACAACCUUGACUGUCAGCAUCAAGAACUAUCUAAAUUGUAGUCGUUAUUCUAAGUAAGAGAUACGUUUCAUUUGUCCAUGAGAUUUCUGACUUGUCAGAUGGGUUGUGUUACUGAUGUAGUUUGGGUAAGUACUGCUAGUCUGCAGACACUUAUUAGGCUACACAGUUUGUAAAAAAUUCACUAGUUCAAUAUUUUAAAAGCACAGAUGAUAGGGGAGACAAUUAUUUAUAAAUCCAGAUUUAGUACCAAAUAUUACUGUAUUUCUGUGCAUGUUGCUACCUUUAUCAGAGCUUAGAAUAUGUAAAUUGUGUCAUUUUUUAAAAUAUUCAUGUUAGAGCAUAUAGCCUUGAGCCAAGAGCUCAAGCAUUACUUGAGUGUAUCCUGAUCCAGUAUUGGAUCCUAAUGAAGAUAACUAAUCGGAAAUAAAUUUAUGACAUUUCAGCUAGUGUUUUAGUGUAGUUCUUGGGGAGACUGUUAAAUGAGAUUAAGGAGGUGAAUGUAUUUGGUCCACCUUUUGAGUCCUACUGGAAUCCUGUACUGGAUUCUAGCAUCCACAGUUCAAGGUCAUAACAGGGCAGUGACUAGUCACAAGGUGAAAUAUGAUUUGGUGAAAAGUUUUAAAGAACAAAACUUACUUUGGCAAGAAGUUUUUGAACUGGCUUCUCGGUCCAGAAGAGCAUACAUGGAGACAAGGAAUCUAUUGAUAGUGAAGCCUGUUCAGUCUAGUAAAGGUGUUGUGAGAUCCAUCUAGCAAAGUGUCAAACUAUAGAUGUCCUUGCUAGAAAAUAUAUAAUAUUAGCAGUGACAGUAAUUAUUUAUUGGAAUGGUUAGGUUUCACUGCUACUUUCUAAAAGUUAAAUUUUACUGUAAAUAAAUUGAGUUCUUUGUGUGUUUUAAACUAAGAUCAGGGUAAGUGUUCAUUAUGAUUCCUUUAAGCCUUAGUCUAUAAAGAUUGAAGUGAGAACAUUUGCAACUGGAAUACAUGAGCAUUUAAUUGCUUUAGUCAGUAUUUUUACAAAGGAAUGCAGUUGUGAGCUACAUUGACUUUUCAUUGGUAUGCUGAACCAGGUGAUUACUAGGUUUCCUCUAAAAUUCCAUGGUGUUUGUGACUUGAACUAAACAUUAGUGUGGGAGAGUGGUAAUAAACACAUGCAGUCUUCACUGUACAUGGGCAGUGCUGUCUUUUAAAUGGUGUCCUCAUAAGCACGUAUUAAACUACUAGAAGGCCUGGAACUUACAGGCAAGAAAAAACUCUUGAGAGGAGAAUGUAAUGCCGAAGUAGAACUGGGUAAAGAUACAAACAGUCAUGUGAUUAACUAGCAGUUUAGGGUUGGAUGCACAAAGACAACGUGCAUUUGUUUUGAGUUUUCUUAUGAAGAUUGUCAGCAUUGGCAGGAAAGACCUCUAAGUGUAGGAUGAUGUGACUACACUGAAUAGAGAGGAAACUAGAAUUUCUGCUGCUGUUCCAGUAAACAUUAACACCUGUUUGUAUAAAAUACAUCUGAAAGAGAGAGAACUUUGAAACAUUAUUAGAAUACAGAUUUUUCUAACAUUUGUGUUAUUCACCUGAAGUUUGGGAAAUGGCUUCAAAAAUACCUACGCUUGUUGUGUCAGCGAAGAUUCAAACUUGUUCAAAGCUUGUAGAAAAACAAUCUACUAGUUAGCUGAGGAAUCUGCGUAGCUGGAACAUCAAAAGCUAUUAAUACUUAAGCUAGCAAGCCUAAGGCUAGUUACGUACAUGCAAACUAGCUGCCUCUUUAAAUUGUCCAGAUCGCAUUGGAUCACAUUUGCAAUUUAUUAUUUUAUCUUACAAUAAAACUGUUUAUAUUAAGUGUCGAAAUGCUAAUUACAUGUGAAAAUACAGUAUGCUUUCAUGUGCAUGUGGUUGAAAAUAGUCCUGAUAAUAUUCUGAAAGACUUAGGACCUGUAUUUUUAGAGUUCUAGGUAGAGCAGAUGACAGCACUUCUAUGUCAGCUUGUAUUGGAUUUAUGUUUACAUUAAUAUCCUUAAAGAUCUAGUGUAAUCAGCUUUUCUUAGUGAUUUCAACAUUAAGUACUUAGCAUACAUUGAAGGCUAUUCAGGCAGCUCACUCAAAAGGAGUGAUAAGGCAUGGUCUGUAGGAAGAUGCUGAGGAAGUAAAUAUUUUGCUGCACUCCUGUGCAUUAUUUGCAUAUGGUUACAAUAUUCUUUACUGAUUGGUUCAUCUUUCGGCUCUUGACUCCCUGGUGCUAGUGUGUAGUGUAUCUGAGCUGUCAGGUCAAUGUUCAAGACACACGUUCUCCUCUUAAUGUUAAUUAAUGCAUAUUUUCUAUGUCUGUAAUCUGAGUAAGUGACUUUAAUGUGGAAUUUAGAUGCUCAAGUGAAUCCUGCUGACAGAAUUUGGGUUGCACGCUGCUGGAAUUUAGUCAGAGUUCUUUAACUGUUGAUAUUUAUUAAUGUAAAAAAAAAAUAAAAAUUAUUACAGCAAAAAUUGUAGGGCUUUUGUGUGCCUUCUUUUUUAUUAUUUUUCAAGACACCUUGUUGUCUGAAAGGCUUUGUAGAGUAUGACACUACUGAGAUGGUAUUUUUUUCAUGUAUGACCUCUCAUAAGGUAGAAGUUGAAAGACAAGGCCUGAUACAGCUUCUUCCCUUUGUGGUUUCAUUUGAAGCUUGUUUAGUAUAUAGAACUCAACUCAGAAAAAACUAAUUUCAGAUAAUGUAGGCCUUUAAAUUAUUUUUUUUCAUGCCUUUUGUGCAAGGAGUGAAGUAGCCAUUGUUACUUAAGAUUUCAUUUGGAGCUUUUAAUCGCUUUGCUUCCGUGCCCCACCUCUCUAUCUCUGUAGUGGUAUAGAGCUGAUGACCAGUAUUGCUUCAGAAGGUGAUGUGAGAAAACACUGCAGUGUAAAAAAUUACAAUCAUCUUAAUGAGGGACAUUAUUUCUAGAGAUUUAUUUUUCUUAACUGGGAAGACUUCUAGUUUUGUAUGCCCUGUGUUUCUUAAUGCAGUUCAGAUGAUGAACAAGUACAGGGUUCUUUUCUUUAAAACAGUUUCUUUUUAUCUGUUUUAGAUCUUCCUUUCCAACCUCACUGGUUUCUUUUCCUUUGCUAAAUAAUACUUUUCAGCUUAUAAUUCAUACAGUUGUUCAUUCAGCUGGUUUUUUUUCUUUGGGUUGUAUCUGUAGAUUCUAUGUUCCUGAAGUGUUACGGUAAUGUAAGUAUAUUUAUAGAUGAAAUAUUAAAACUGUACUACUUCAUCUAUCUAUGGUUUUGGUGCAUAGUCUCGCUUUUGUGAGGCCAUGAGCUUAGAUCAGAAGAAAUUGCCAUUAGACUUCAUAGAGUAUUGUCUGGUCUGAGUGUAGGUUAACUGACAGCACGUUUUAACAUGUUAGCAUUUUCUUGAACAGUUAAUUUUAUACAAAAUUAUAAACUCCUUCACUUCUUCUGAAAUGACACUGUGUUUAGGUGUGUAAAGCAUUUAAUUGUAAUUGUAGAAAGGAUUUAUGGCUUUUGUAGUUCAGGCUGUCGUCUUUCUACAUUCUACCAGUCCUGGUUAGACAAGUGCAGUUACUCAGAAACUAGAUCUAUGUACCUGAAAAUACAUCUGCCAUGGUUUUUUUCCAGUGAAACAUUUUAGGAACUCUAUGUACAACAAGUAGAGAGAGCUUUCAGGUAUCACAGUUCAGUAAUCAAACCUUUUCGUAUAAGCAUUAAUGUUCAAAUGCAGAGGAUUGAGUCAGUAGAAUUUCUUUCAUAUGGAAGAGCAAUUAUUGCUAUGGUUUUGAGGGAGCGUGAUCCACACAUAGCUGGGAAUAUUAGUAAUGAUGACUUUUUGAGUAUCUCCUGUAAACUACUAGAGUAUUAAAAAUAAGUAAAAAAGUAUUUGGGGUCCUGCCACAUCUCUCCAGUAUAUAUCUGUAGAAUAUCCAUUGCACCAAAACCUUAUGUACUAAUGGAUUAAUACAAUCAGUAAUCCACUUGAUAGUAGAAAGGAGCAGUGGAUCUGUUAGAAAUCUCUUUGAAUCUUCUUUCAACCUCUGGCCAGCACAAAGUAUGUUAGUACUGUCCUGAUUGUAGGGGUUCACACAUAGAUUCUAAGUAACAUAGGAAUUAUCAAUUUUACUUCUUUAUCUCUUUGUCAAGAAUAUCAGCUCUGCAGGUGAAUUUUUUUGAACUGUUUUGCAAUUCACAAAACACUGUGGUCUCUUUGGUAAACUGAGCAUUAAUUUGGUCUGUUCAUCUAUUCCUUCACUUGUCUGCAUGAGAUAGGUAGGAACUGCAUCUCCAGUUACUUUUUUCUUUUUUGAAGAUGCAUUUACAGCCCUUGCUUGGUACACAGCAGUUCUCAGUGAGAACCCUAACCUUAACUGAUGAAACAGGUGCCUAUUUAAUAGACAGAGACCCAACCUACUUUGGGCCAGUGCUGAACUAUCUCAGACACGGGAAACUGGUCAUUAACAAGGACCUAGCUGAGGAAGGUGUACUGGAAGAGGCUGAAUUCUACAAUAUCACAUCUCUAAUAAAACUGGUAAAGGACAAAAUAAGAGAAAGAGACAGCAAAAUCUCACAGGUGCCAGUCAAACAUGUCUACAGAGUGCUGCAGUGUCAGGAAGAAGAACUCACUCAAAUGGUUUCCACAAUGUCUGAUGGCUGGAAAUUUGAACAGCUUGUCAGUAUAGAUUCCCAGUACAGCUGUGGCCGGGCUCAGCAGUCAGAGUUUCUGCUGAUAGUGUCACGGGAAGUGAAAGGGGAAGAGAGAUGCUUCCAGAAAUACUGCAGUGAGCUGGUCAGUAUUGGUUCUUCCUAUAACUAUGGCAAUGAAGAUCAGGCUGAAUUUCUGUGUGUUGUCUCAAAGGAAUUGCAUAACACUCCUUAUGGCACAAGCAGUGAACCCAGUGAAAAAGCAAAGAGUGAGGAUGAAGAAACGGAUUACGAUAUGAAUGACUCAGAUUAAGUGUAAAUGUCAUGAUUUUGCAAGAACGAGGUUCCAGGAUGUGAAGAAAGUAUUGAACGGUGACAGUUUUUCUCUUUUACUCGAAGAUGCAGUGAAUUGUCACACUGAAGAGGCUUGGCUGCAGAAGGAAAAAUCUGAUUUAGACAAUUUUCUGUUGAUCUGGGUUCAACCAUAUUUGCCUAUAAGCUGGUGUCAACUUCUGGAAGCAUUGCCAGAUUACAUAAUGGGAAUAGAUGAUGUGGGAGUGUGUGUUAAGUUUUGGUUGUAGUGCAUGGUUGUAGUCUCUUGUUGGCUGAUUGAUACUGGUCAUUUGAAAAGAAAUGACCAUGCACUCAUAUUUUCCUCGGAGACAUGUAGCACUUGAUGUCUGGUGCUGGACGACCCAAUGUUGAUCAGUUUGGAGACAUUUUCCUACUGAUCAUUGUAAACCUUAAAAGGACAAUGUAAUUGGUGCUACACACACACACACACACACACACCCUUUCAGACAUACGCGUGCACACACACACACACACACACACACGUUACAGCCCAGAAAUGCAAGUAUUUGGGCGUAUGUUGUUUCAGAAUCAGUGUCAGCCCCAGUUGACUGUAUUAUACUGCACAUUCCUUAUGGCUCUGUGACAUAAUCUUUUAUGUAAUAACAGCCUAGGAGAUCAACUGAAACUAGCAUGUGUAAAAGUUACACAACAGAGAAAAGGUUUCUCUGAAAGGUGUAUAUAUUGACUGGAUAGAUAGCUUAUUUUAAUACCCAAAGGGAAGACUAAACUCAGAGAAAAUGGCCUUCCUCUGAGUUAUUCUUGAUGUUCUCUCUGUUAAAACAGUCUCUUGAAAAAGUUAUGCUCCAGUCCUGGUCACAUGCUUGAAAGUGGAAUCAAAAUUCACUUAAAAUGACCAACUGAACAUUCUGUUUCUUUGGAGGUGUUUGUACUUAAAUGUGUGUUUGUGCUUUUAUAAAAUGCCUAUAAACAUUGAACUUUGUGGAUUAGGGUAGAGAUUUCUCUAGAGCAGAAGGUUUUACAGAAAUACAGCUGGCUAGUCCUAGGUCCCUGUCUCUAUGACUCAGAUUAAAGUCAACCUUAGUGUGAACAUAAACUCAUUCAGUUGAAAAACCUGAUUCCUUUGGAUAUUCAGGAUACCUGUAAUCAACCUUUCUCUUUCUAUACAGUUUCAACUAUGCAGUUAAGAACAGUGUUUGAACAGAAUGUGGUGCAGCUUUGUUAGUUUGUCCUUGAUGCAGGCUAAUACACGACACACUAUAUUUUGAGCAAAAUCUUUAGUGCAUCUUUAAAACACUUAAUGAAAUGGACAGUAUAAAACUUGGCUUCAUUGACUCAUGGAACCCAUGGAGGGGGGUUUCAAAGAGCUACAGGAUGGUUUUAAAUUCUAAAGACAUUACAGUUUUCAUUCUUAUCAUUUCAGAUUUUAUGCAUAUACUGUAGGUAAUUCUUUACACAAAAACCUGAUUUUCAAACGCCCAGGGUCUACUUUUUUUCUUUUAUUUUUUUUAGAAUUUUUUUUAAAGGACUUACAUAUUGAUAAAAGUUUGGAGAAACAAUUUGUAAGAAACAUUUCUACUAAACAGGUUAAGCAAUGGGCUAAAUGUUUUGUCCAUGUGCCUAAUGCUUGAAAGGAUUUGUAAUGCAUUUUGCGACUUGGAUGUGGUGUGCACAGGAAGCUGCUGGCCCCACCACAACACAUACAGUUUUUGUCUUUUUUUAAGAAGUUAAAACUGAAUUUAAUUUACUAAAAUUGUAAUUGUGUAGGGGGAAAUGUUUAUACUUUUAUACUUUUUUAGGUACCCAUAUUUUAUCAUCUCAAAUUGAGCACACAGAUGUCCCCUAAAUAGUGACAGAUUAUCUUGUGUAUCUGAAAAUAAGCAUAACAAUUGUCUGUGUUAAGUGCAUAUUAAAACAUUUCCUCUGCUGCAGUAGUCACUGUGUUUUUAAGCAGUAUGACUCCACCAAAUUCUCUGAGCUCCCUGGCUCAUGGAAUUGCAGCUAACCAUGUCACUUGUUUUCUUUAUGUGCUCUACAGAGUAAUUCAGCAUUGAUCUUAGUGGAUUUUAAUGCCCAAGAUACCAGUUUCACAGUGAUCCUUCUGAAUCAGCAUUUCUGUUGCCUCUCUUACUUAACCCAAAAAGGACAGGUUAUUUAAUAAAUUGAAAUUUUCCAGAACUGCAUCAGCAAAGCAUGAGUAACAAACUAAGCAAACUGAACAAAUUUAGAGUAUGUAAAAAGAGUGGGUUUUUUUCUAGGUUUGGGGUUUUUUUCUACUAGAAUAUUUUCAGUUUUAAAAUCUGCUUUUAUGAUGAGAUUACCUGCAGUUUAGUUUACAAUGUAUCCCUACCACAGCUAAAUUUAGGGAAAUGAGUGUUUAAUAAUUUUUUGCACUUUGUUUCCAAUACCUCACAAAGAUUUUAAGAAGAAAAUAAAAGAGUGAACUUGCAGGUACCUUGUAAUUAUUUUAAAUAUGCUGUUGUUUGAGACUGCCUGAACCAACUACUUUCCUGUUCUUGCUUUUGUAAUUAUUGCUUUAAUUUUUGUGAUCAUGUGAGGCUUCCAGAUAGAUGGAAAUGCUCUCUUCAGCUUUUUUCAAGGCAUUAAGAAUUCAUCCCUAAAUAAGUUUAGUUUCUUUUUGUUUGACUGUUGCAGUUUCAAAUAAAGUUAGUGACAGUAACAAGGUAAUUGCAUUAAAAUUCAAGCUGCAUCACCAUGCUUUGCAAACAUUGCUUCAUCUAUUAAGAUCUUGCAGGAUGAAGCAAUGUACAUGUAUAGUUUAAACCGGAGUCCUUUGUUCCUUCUCUGCCCUUUGGAGAGUACCUACCUGAGAAUUGCCUGUGACUGUGCAGAGCUGAGGGGUUCACUAUCAGGCUGGAGCUGCACAGCUGUAUUACAAACUCCUUGGACUUAACUCUGGACAUAGACAGCUCCUCUAUCCUUAAAUCAGAACAGUAUUCCAGGUUAGAACUUUAGAUCCUGAGCUCGAAGAGAUCAUAGCAGAAGGAAUAAAGCAGAGGAAGGGAGAGAGAUGAAAUUCCUCAAAUGCAUUUACGUGACAAACAUCUUGCAAAACUUGUUUGAAAACAGAAGUUCAAAUCUGCUAUAGCAAUUUCUUGCUUUGAGUUAGCAAGCAGCGUAUUGUUGGCCUUAAGUUUUCUCAGAGGCUAUUUUCCUUUAUUGGAGGUGACAUUUUUAUAUUACAUGCUUUUGACUUCUUCAAGCGACAAGUGAAUCAGAAUUUGUUUGCAGUGGACAUGUAAUUCUGAGGCCUCAAAGACAUGAAUGUCAUAUGGUCCAUUAAUAACUGUCCAGACGUAUACUCUGACUCGGCAGCUCCCAGCCCAAAGGUUAUCUGGGAUUUUGUCCUACUUACUGUGGGAUUUCCAUGGAUUACGGUUAAUUGAAGUUUCUUUAUCCUACAGUAAUUUAAUUGUGUGUCAAAGACUUGAUCGAAUUAAGCAGCUUUUUAAAAUUCUUUUCUAAAGUUUCUAUCAUCAGAAUCAUAUGCUCAUAAAACUUAGAAAGUGUACUGUGUUUUUUUCAAACUCAUAUUUCUUGUAAUGGUAGAAGUUCCUUUCAUCUUGCAUUUAGCAUUAGGAGAAGAUAUUUUAAAAUGAAGCUUGAUGAAUCCACCUGACUUCUUUGUUUUCAGAUUUUCUUUGGACAAUAGCUGUGUAGCUCCAUUUCUACCAAUGUGAAUGCACAGUUAUGAUUGAUUAGAAACAGGACUGUUUCCUGCAGAUUCAAAAAUGGAAUCAAUCUUCUCUUUUUCUGAGAGAGGUGAUUUUUUUGGUUUUUUUCAGGAGAAAUAUGAAAACUGGUAGAUUAAACAGAAGAUAACUUGGUUGCAGGCAUGCAACAAGGGGAAGAAGUUUGCUGAGUAGGAUGAUAGUGUUAUCAGAACAGUGCUUCUUGUAACAGGACACUAUUCUGUGGAUGUCUGUUGAGGUUGUAGAGAGUUGUCAGUCCCCGUUUAAGCUGUAGAGGGCUACCACCAGCAAAUAAACACAUAGUAGUUACAAAUUUGUAUUAAUAUUACAAAAAUUAACUUGGAGUGCAAAAAUGCAACACUGUCUGGUCCAGUGGAAUUAAAUAGAGUCUGGAUUAUAAUUACCCAGGUAUACUGGAAUGUGUUCCUUGGGAAGUACUGGGGGAAGAGUGAAGUUUUCCUGGGCUCUUUGAGGGAGAUCGAAGUCAAAUGAAAGCCUGGAGAUGAAGUCUGGGGUUUUGUUCUCUUGAGAUGUGAUAAAAUCAGAAAGCGGCAUUCUCCAGUUUUUAUUUUCACCACAUCAAAAGUUUCAGGUUUUUCAAAUUAACUUUUUCAAUCAGCCCUUGAACUGUGGGGCUCUUGAAAAGAGAUGAAAUUUUAUUACACCUUUAACAGUGUCUGUUAUCUUAAGACAGUAGGGUUAAAAUCCAAGUGGUCAUUGGAGAAGUGUCUUUUCUAACACAACAGUAUUGAAAUACUUAAGUCUGAGGAUACUGCCUGGUUGUAGUUUAGACUGCAGUUAUCUCCAGUUUUAAGGACAAUCUUGGGAUCUUAGGUGGUUUUUUUUUGUGUAGAAUUAUUGAGUCUUUAAAUAGUAUAAAUAUUUAGUUUGAAAAAAAAAAAAGUGGAAGGCUCUCUGAACUCAGUGUCAUAUAAGUUUUCUUUUGUUUCACGAAAAUCAGGAGCUGUCUUUAAAGGCUUCUUAAUGAACAGAGGCUUUAAAGGGCUAAAUAGAUCUUACUGUCCAGAUUGCCUAAAUGACUGUCAGAAGGAACUCUUUCCAUUUUCAGAGCAUAAAUGCUAAGGGCUAAAAUGCUUUCCAGGGCUAAUUUGAGGUUCCAGAGACAUACAAUGUUUAAAAAACAACUAGUUGUUUUCCUUUCAAUUCAUGGACUCUAAAAUAAUUUUUACAAAUGGCUGAACCAGUUGCAGAUGUCAGUGUUCCUAUAUGGCUUAGAUUUUCAGUAUUCAGAUUGGAUAAGAGCACACUAGAGAAGGCAGUACUUACCCUCCACUUUAUUAUUACCUUUGCUGAAAUCUAACAACUUUUUAUGGACAGCACUGGCAGUAAAAAAGCUUUGAGGGAGAUUCUGCCCCAGGAAAUUGUCACAGAAUAUUUCUUUGCAAUUUAGUUGAUCUUUACUUUAGCAACGUCUACCAAGGCAUAAACUUCUCAGAAGUUCAGUAUAGAUACUGAAUAGAUAGCUCAGAAUAGAUACUGCUGCAAAUACAACUUUCUGGACACAUCAGAGGGUUCUCUUAAGGAUGUUGUGUCUUAAAAACUACCAUAAUGAGAGAAACUUUGAGAAGUUAUUUUGCUACUUUGGGGGUGAGUGGAAGGGGGAAGAGGUUCUGUGUCAGUGCUCUUCCUUGCCUUAGAAAGCUGAGACUAAAUUUUGACCUAAGACCUGUUGUGAUUUUGAGGCCUCAUCAUCUGAAAUGAGUAAAGAAUAAAUGUAUUUACUGUACAUGAUUCUUGCUACUUCUGAAGAUUUUCCAAAAGCUUAUGCACAGCUUUACUCAUGUUAACUUGCCUCGUGUACUUGCUAGAAUGAAGCAAAGUGCCAAGGCACUCUUAAAAGGAAUGUUGCCAACCUCUCUACCUGGAACUGAAAGAAGAUCACCAAACUGAAGAAGUAUCAAAUGGCAGCUUUUUCCACCUGCUUCUCUCUUUACCUCAACCUAGUUAUAAAAAAAAUCUACUUCCUAUGCACUCUUUAGGACCACCUACCCAAUUCAACAAAUGUUGGUUUUUUUUUUACCUUUUCCUCCAGAUCACUGGUCUCAAAAUUAGUUGUGCAUCAGCUGUUUGUGCUUAUAACCGAGUGGCCAUACUUGCAACAUGUUAUUUCCUGGAUAGUGGAUUAGCAAUAACACUUUAUUUUGUGCCAAUUCAUUAUCUCUGAAGUGUUCUUACUGCAGCAAAAUUUGAGUUUUGAUUUGGUUUUAAUGUAUUUGCAUUAAGCAAAACUCAUAGCACAGGCACAGACAAGAAACUGAAUUCAGGGAAAUUUCCCUGGGAAAAAAUCUGCUAGGGCUUCCCAAAUAAUUUGAAGGUGGUUACAGUUAACCGUCACUUUCAAAACUAACAAAUUAAAUGUGUGUGGGUAUUUUUUUAACUUCUUUUUCAUAACACUAGUGUAUUGUAAACUGCAUGGAAUAAACCUGUUUUUUCCCUUUUAAA